UAAAAUGAUAUGUGACACUCUAGUUAUGGCUUCAUGAAAUCCUGCAUUUAUGUGUGCGGGGCAGAGCAAUAAUAAGGCGCCACUAGACCGUCACUUAGCCAUAACUUAACCUAACUGACCUCGGUUAGAUUAAGAUAUAAAAUUCCUUACCCAACCUAGAUAUAAUAUACUAAUAGUCUUGGAGAAACAUAACUAGAAGUUGGUGCGAUGAUUGGAUCCAAAACUUCUUAAUAUACCCCUAUCGUAGUAGGGCAUAGUAUUUGUUAAUUCUUAAUGUAGACGCCAUGCCUAAGAAUAUCGCUGACCCACCAGGCCAAUCCUCAUUGGCGCGCAACAUCAACCCCUACAUUUUAGCUUUCUUGCCUGAUUAGGAUAUGAACCCAUCACGGACUUACACCGUAGACAAGCUAUAAAUUCCCCCCUGCCUGUCCCAGAAUGCAAAAGUUUUCACAGACCCUGUUCCCUGCGUAACCUUCUUCUCUUCCAUUAUUUACUCCGACUCACUCUUUCUGGCAAAAAUGACCCCUAAAAUCGGCCUCAUCAUCUGCAGCCAGCGCACUCCCCGCGCCGGUCGCCAUAUCGGAACUACCAUUCUAAAGGAUCUCCAAGCUACCGACAGCGUCCGCACAAAUGCAGUCACACUAUCCCUGAUUGAUCUGGCAGAGUGGAAUCUUCCCCUGUAUAACGAACCCGGCAUCCCGUCCCAGAUCCAUUCAUCAGACCAAUAUCUCCAUCCGCAUACGCGGAAAUGGUCCAAAGAGAUCGCUUCCCAUGCAGCGUUUGUGUUCGUGACUCCACAGUACAACUGGGGGUAUCCCGCUAGUAUUAAAAAUGCGAUUGACUACCUGUAUCACGAAUGGAAUGGGAAGCCCGCCAUGAUUGUCAGUUAUGGCGGACAUGGGGGCGGGAAGGCGGCGGAGCAGUUGAAGCAGGUUUUGUGUGGGAUUCGGAUGAGGCCUCUUGAGCGGACGGUGGGGUUGACCUUUCCCAGUAGAGAGAUCUUGAUGGAUGCUGCGGAGGGGCGGGAGUUGGAUUGGUCUUUCUGGGAAGAGGAGAGGAAGGAGGUGGUGGAGGGUUUUCGGGAGAUAGUGAAGUUGUUGUUAGCCGAAGCUUGAAAGGCUUAUAGUCCGAUGUAUAAGGGUUAAUUUCGAUAGUGUG